CCAACUCGGGCGCCGUCUCUCCAUUAUCAUCUGCAGGCGCGCCCUCUGCCCUCUCGCCUGCCGCCGCCUUUGCGAGGCUCACCAACGUCAACAACGCAAGCGCAGGCUCUGCGAAUGCAAGUUCUGGCGGCUCGUCCAUCGCUUCCGCUACGGGCGGCGGCGCCCCGAGCAACGACGACAUCGAGGCCGUCAUCCAAAUGGCCAUGGCCUCCUCCGCCAGCUCCAGCGCCUCCGCCGGACGGGAUACGCGCACACAACUCUUCGUGGGCAACCUCCCCUACCGAGUGCGCUGGCAAGACCUGAAAGACCUCUUCCGGCGCGCCGGCACCGUCCUCCGCGCCGACGUCGCCCUGGGCCCGGACAACCGGAGUAGAGGACACGGCACCGUGCUCAUGGCUGCUGCGGAAGAUGGCGAGCGCGCGCUGGGGAUGUUUCAGGGAUGGUGCUGGCAGGGGCGUGUACUGGAAGUGAGGAAGGAUAGAGUGGGCGAGGAACUGCUAGGUGAGUGCCCUUGGCUUCAUUUCGGUCGCUGUUGUGUUCCCGAUCGCUUUCUUCAUCUCCGCGCCGCCCUUGCUUCUGCACGCCUCGCAUGCACACGGUUGGGGAGGCACAAGAUGCUGACGUGCGAGAUCAGCAGCAGGAAUAGAUAGUAUACAGCCGAGCCCGAUGGCGCUAUCCGCAGUACCGUCGCCGGGAUCGCUGAGUCGCUUCGGCUCUGGCGUUG